GAUUCUGCAAUAAAAUUAUUCAUUCUCUCUUUUUGUUGGUGGUCACCUUUGUCAAGUGAUGUUCCCCUUUAACACAUUUAUUUGCAUUUGUUUAUCUACUGGACAAAAACACUUUAAUGGUCUGCAUUUGUACCUUUAUUAACAAUGAUGUACAUGUAUACUAGUCAGUAGUUAUGUACAAUGUACAUGUAUUUUACCUUGUUUUGAUGUAGAUAAUUUUGAAGAGUGUCCUGACUUUUCUUGAUGACAAUAACACAGAAAACAUUGAACAUGAAUCAUACUGUACAUGCACUGUAUGUACCAAACUUGCACAAUGUAAUGCAGCAUUGGUCUAUUGUGCAGUUUUGAGCUGAGUACAUUUUCAGUGGAUAUUACAGAAGGUCAUUUGGAGCUUUAGCAGGGUCAAUGAUAUUGUUAGCCUUGUACAACCAGUCUUUCGGUCAGAUUCUAUUUCAUAUAGUCAUAUUUCAUAUAUUUCAUAUAUAUUUCAUGCAUGUUUCAUGAACAUUUAUCCUCAAAGUUUGCUGAAUUGUUGUUUACCAGACUUUAUAAAAAACAUUUACAUAUACAGAAUACAAUAGGCAAAAGAUGAAAGACAGACGUGGAAUACUUUUUAUAGACCUAAAGAAGUCCUCUUUGCUGUUAUGAUGUCUGUAGGGCCUAUACUUUUACACGAUCUCCUCUGAGGCAAUCAAACUUAGUUUAUUAUUAUUCCAUUUGGGGGGAAAUUGCAUAAAUUUUUGUUUCACAUACAUGUAAUCUGUUGAAGUCCUAUUCAAGCGCCAGCUUUUACUUUCUCACUUGAAGCAAAGUCCCUUCACUCUCCUAAAUAUUUUUGUAAUAUGAGCAUUGAGCAGCUAUAUUUAAUAAACUAUUUCAUACAGAAGUAUUUGGAUGUUGACAAUUAUAUUAUUAAUUUACAUUUAUUUUCUGCUCUAUGAAGUGUUGAACAGUCUUCAAAAUGUAUUGAAUAUUGCUCUUACAAUGUUUGAUCAUUUUCUUUUCUAUAAAUUGAACUUAAAACUAUAUGAUUUUGAAAAAAAAGAAGUCUUCCUCUUGACAUUAAUGUAGAGAGUUUGACAUAAUGCAUGCAUUAUUAUGGUACUCUGAAAGCCAGUACUUCAUGCAAGGCCUUGUGAUCAGUUCUUGUAUUAUGAAGGUUUUUUUCUUUUUGCACAACAGUUUAUCCUUGUACCCCAUUUGUGAAAGUGAAUUUUAAAUGAACAUAACAGGACUUGCAUUGCCAUUGAAUUAUUUAUAUUUAAUUUUCAUAUCCUGGAAAAUCAGUGUUUUAUUAAACCUGUGUAAUUAUAGAUUUACUUGAAGAGGAUCUUGGAAAUCUGUACAAAUCACAUUAAUGGUGAAUUUGUUACAUUUGCUAACUAAUAGGUAAGGAUUCUCUCUCCAUUUCUCUUCCUACAGUAACCCUCCUAUAUCAGAAGAGGAUCUACCCUCAGGAGAAUGGUUGUGUCACAGAUGCACAGUAGCACCGCAGCCAUUGAACACUGAGGUCACACUCUCUGACACUAUCAAGUCUAUUGAGAAGGCGCAACGCUCUGAGAGAGAGAAGAAGCAGAAGGAGGUUGCUGCUGCUGCCAAGGAGAAGGAGAGAGCUGCCUCCACCUCCCUCCGGCUGAAUGAUCGACUGAACGACAGACUCAUGAGAGAAGGAAGGGCAUGUUUGCGGCUGGCUCAGAUCCAGGCCUACAAGGAGGCACAGAUAGAGGCUGGGAUAAUACCAAAGGAAAUGCCAGAAGAGGGAGAUACCAAUCGGACGGAGGGAACAGAAGAAGAAAAGAUGGAUGUUGACAAGGCAAAGGAUUUAGUGGAGGUGGCUGAAGAAAAGAAAGACAAGGAGGAAGAGGAGGUUUAUGUCAGGUUUGAGAAUCCUCUAAGCUACCUCAUCAAAGCUGUAGCCAUUCAGAAUCCGAAGCAGUUCUCUCUCCCUCCAGAGAUGAUGCAACAUGCACCCCUACCAGGGACAACUAAGAAGAAGAAAAAAGAGGAACUAUCCAAGAACUACAAGAAGCCUCAUGAGCUAGAUAAUAUGAUGAUCCCCCUACCUGCUAAAGUCUGCUUCACAUGUAACAAAACAUGUCGUGUAGCACCCCUUCUCCAAUGUGACUACUGCCCUCUGCUGUUCCAUAGAGACUGCCUGAAUCCCCCUAUUACAUCCUUACCUACUGGCAGGUGGAUGUGCCCCAAUCAUCCAGAAUAUGCAUUGCCAGAAUUCCAGAAUGGCGGUCACACAGAACGAGUGAAGAUCUUCAACCAAUUCCAGGGCAAGGUAGACCAGCAAGCUGUCAAACUCCAGUUCAUCAACAAAAUCCAUAGAUCUGGACCUCCAUGGAAAGAGAAAUGUAAAUGGCGCAAGACAAUCAAGGUACCUGGAGCCAUCAAGAAUCAAUAUGCACUGCCUCCUCCAUUACUCCCCCUCUGCCAUGAGCGCCCCCCUCCUAUGAUAGGCCCAGUGGAUGAAGUCAAGAAACCUGGUCCUCUAACUCAGCAGGAAGAACAAGAAGAGUGGUUGAAAGGUGUAGUGGCUCUGCAGACAAGUAUAGCAAGACAUUUAGCUCAGAAGUCACUACCUAAAGAACCUACCAUUAAACCAAAAAUCAUCACUGCUUCUAUGCUCUCGAAGCCUUCAUCUGCUCCAACCAUAGUCACAGCCACACCGUCCAGUCACAGCACAACACCGGUCAGUGAUACAUCAUCAAGUGUUACAUCAUCCAGCAUUGCAUCCACUAACCAGGAAGCAAAGAGCACAACUACGGUUACAACAACCACCACAAACUCUUGCAGCAUGAAAGACACAAAUGUGGUAGAGUCUUUGAGCAGAGAAUUUCGGACUGCCAAAAGGGAUGUUUAUAAGUAUGAUUUGAUUGACACGCAAGAACCAAAAAUUAGAACGGUUGCAGAUUUAAAGGCUUUGCACAAUGGACCACUCAAACCAAUUAGUGCAGUUACCUCAUUUAUGUCAAAUGGGCCAUCAAGUUUGUACAAGAGCAAAACGGAACUUGUCUUAGAAGCAGCUGAACACUUGAACAACCAUGUCAUGGUCAAGACGAAAAACAAUGGAACAUCUCUCUCCUCAGAGGAAAAGACGUUACAUGAUUCUCCAUCCACUAGCAUUAUGAAUGGUAGUAUAACAAACAAUGAUAGCUCGGAGUCAAAGGUCGUGACCUCCAUGCAGAGAGUGACCCCUGCAGGGGUCAAGUCACCACCUGCAGUGGCCUGCUCAUCAGCCAAGACCAAUGCCACAUCAACAGUCAUGCUCAGUAGUGGAAGCGUGGUGGUACCAUCGUCUGCUAAGGUUGUGUCAACAACGCAAGCAGGAAACCUCAAGUUUACCACCAUCACCAUGCCAACCAAGAUGGCUGUUGGUGUAGGUCAAGGGUCACCAGGAUUAACGGGAAGAGUAGUGACAAUACCAGCUUCCUCUGGUAAGUUGAGUCCUUCACCUUUGAACUCUGGUAAGAUCACACCUGCAACCUUGGGUUCAUCACCAGCUAUUAUCAAUCUCAAUAGCUCUCUACAAUCAUGUAUAGAUGGCAAUGGAGAAGUGGAGUUGAGUAAGUUAGAUGAGAGGCUGGUCCAGAUUCUUGCCUGGCAGAGAUUACAGCAAUUAUUACCUCAAAAGACUCAAACCUUGCAGACUACGAUAGUCAACAAGAAAACUACAACGAACACUGUAUCAUCAUCAUCAUCAUCCUCGGCAUCCACUACUGCUGCUGCCAUCAAUCAGGGUACCUCAUCAAUACACACGUUUAGUACAGGUGGUACCACCACAGUAAGCAGUGUACCAUUGCACACAUCCACAUUACCAUCACCUGGUACUUUCCAUGGUGUUUCCUCUACAGGGCUGUCCCAUACGGUGCGAGCUAGGGCCAUGGUGUGUCCGAUGAACAGUAAAGGUCCUGGUACACCGGUUCCAAUGUGCUACAGGUCUCUGCAUAUAGGAUCAGGGCGUGACAAUGAUGUUUGUUUAAGGAACUAUGGGCAUUGUAAUUUUGUAUCUUCCAAGCAUGCAUGUAUAUUCUAUGAUGAGACUACAAGGUUAUAUGAGCUAAUCAACUACAGUGAGUAUGGCACCAAUGUAGACAAUGUCAUCUACUCCUGCGACUCAUCAGAUAAAUGGUCAUCUCAUUUACCAAGGGCGUCUCCUAUGGUCAGAAAUGUUCGGAAGAUCAUUGACAAGAGGAAAGUUCGAUUCAGUGAGAGACUCAUGAAAGAUGGCAAGAGUCGACAUAAUGUCAAGCAAGAGAAAGAACCUGAGUUACCCCAGCGUAUGAGUUCCAUGCCCAAUGGCCAUUACUCUCUGUGUGCUUGCCGUGGUGGGAGCUCAGUGCUGCAAGGUGACAACAAGGCAGGAUGGGAAGGCUCUGCCCUGUUGCAUCAUGGGAGCUUUAUCAAAAUUGGUUGUCUCAGCUUUGUAUUCAGUAUUACCGAGAAUGUCACAAGAACAAUUCAAACACCAAAGGCUUCAUCUACGAGUUUAUGUCAAGAUAACAAGAAAUCAGUGGUAGUUAAUUCUUCAUCAACGUCAAUACCUGCGCGAAAAACAUUUCCUCAGACUCUUGUGAGAUCACAAUCAGCAACAUCAUUACCAUAAUCAGCAAUCAUUCAGAAUAUUGUUCUUCAAUUACCAGCAGUAGAUGGGUUUGUUAUGUUUUGUUUUAGUUUUGUACUUUUCAUCCUUUUCUCUUAGGAUACCCACAUCCCACUGAGAAGUAAGCCAAACAGUAUGUAGUACAUGCAUACUUUAUAGCAUCACCGUAUUAAGAUACUAAAAUUAAGCCUUUUCACCUUGUCAUUGCCUGUGAAUUCAAGUGUCAUAGAAUUCACACAUUUUUUUUUUUGAUAGGAAGAUUAAUGGAAUGAGAGUCAGACGUGAGAAUGUUACGGGUGGGCAGUUGAAAUGGAUAUUGAUUCAUCUUUCCUGAGGUUCUAAAAUCACUCUAUAUUGCCUCUUAUUGCAAUGCUUUUCUGAGUAUUUUUUUGUUAAUGUGCCUUUUACCAAAAUCUGGAUUUCAGUUAAACAAUUCUUUUGUCAGGGAAAUGUUAAGACCAUGUCACUGGGGGUUUUGCACAGGUUUAUUCCAUAGUGGACCCUUUAUCCCUUAUAUGAAAGGGCACUGACAUUGUAUGCAGCCUCUCUAAAGGAAUAUAAAUCAUGUGCUUUGUUAGCUAUUUCCCCCCUAGGGUUUCAUGCAUAAAUUACUGGUAAUUUUUUUAAAUGAAAUUUUCAGAAUUGACUACAAAAGCUUGCAGAUUACAUAAUGCUUGAUGUGCAAGCUGAAAUCUCUUGGGAGGGGCAGAUUUUAUCUCACCAUUGGCUGUGAGAGCGGUCCAAACAACCCCACUCUAUUAGGGUGAAAUUUAGUAUGUUGAAUAUUACUAUGUAUGCAUACCGUUUCUAUACCUAUGAUUACCUUUUACACACGUCUAUGCUUAUAGACCGGUAUUCUUUCUCCCAGUCUUCCCAUUCACACAUUACAACAAAAAAUUCCUUGCAUUCUAUGUUAUGUCUUUACACGUGUCUCCUUGUAUGUUCGGUUCCAUUUUUAAUUUCUCAGCAAAGAGUGAGAAAAAGGCUAGGCAGCUGAUAAGCAUUGACAAUCCAGUACCCCCUCCUCUUCUCCCUCCUCUCUAUCCUAGAUCAUAUAUCCUUUUUUUGGACACAUUCCAGACAGUGUACUUCCUGCGUGCAUGUUGUUGAAGGUGAUAGGAGGAGGGUAUAUAGAGGUUAGAGGAACACGGUGUAGGUGUGAUAAGGCCAAUUCUUACCCUGGUUUCAUGUUUGUAGUGCGUACAUGACACUUACAUGUCUUUGAAGCAAUGUCUCCAUGAUGUGGAAGAAUUGUAAAAUGGAUAGUCAAGUUGGAAGGAAUGAUGAAUGCAGCUGCUAUGAGCUCUUCAGAUGCCCUUACAUUCAAAAUAUGACAAAUUAAGAUUGGGGCAGGAUGUUUCACAAAGAUUCAGCUCUGACUUAAAGUUAUUUGUGAUCACACUCAUGAUAUUUGACUUGUAUCUCAUCAAUUAAUUUACGGUAGCAUGCAUCCCAUGUCCGUGAUCUUACCAAUGCAGUGAUGCAUUAUAUAACAAAUGCAGCUAGGAAUUAAUUGCUCAUUUUAGUCAGAAUCAGAUCGCUCUGAUUCUCCCUAAAAUGUUUGGGCAGAAUAUUUUACUUGGUUCUUUAUUGCAUGUGCACCAAGGUUGCAGCCAGUUUUGCCCAGUUUCUUUGCUCUUGUUACUAGUUAUCCACUGUAUGAACUCAACUGAAACCAUACAUUCUUCAGAUUGCAUACUGCUAGUCAUUGUCUGUGUCUUGCCAGUAAAGAUCAUGGACGGACAGUUAGGUAGUUUUUGAAAUAGCAUUAUCUGCACCCGGAUGUUGGUGCCUUUCAAGAUUAUGGAUUGGAAUGCAUUAUAUUCACUGUCAGAUUUUGUCUUUGGAGGUAUCUUGGGAAAAGAAAUACAUAAUACCUGUUUAUAAUGGACAUCUCAACAAACUUAUUAACAUUUUUUAGCUCAUCAGGCCUGAAGGGUCAGAUGGGUUAUUUUUACUUUAUUAUUAUUUCAAUAUUAAACAUUUAAAAGUAUUUGGAAUGAUGAUAAUGAAACUGAAUAAAACUAUUUAUUCUGAUGGAUGAUUCACUUGAUCCAUCAUAGCUUUCACAGAUUAAGAAUAUAAUCAUGAUUGACAGAAUGAAUUAUCAAUGCCUUUAUUAGAUAUAUGCAUUCAAUUAUGCAAUCAUUUUUAAUUAUGUGACAUAGGUACAUAAUCAGAAUUCCAUUAUCAAUGCAAUCUGGACAUGGAUGUUUGCUAUUACUUUUUUCUGGGUAUGAAAUGAACUAAUUAAAAAAUUAUGCUUUAAUUACUAUGAUCAUUGAAUAUCCAGAGGGGUAAUUCUAGUCAUAAUUUUGUUUGACUUUAUUUUGUCUUCACAUUUAUACUUAGUAGGGCUGAGUCAUGUCGGAACCGUUUCUUUCACUAUUACAAUGGCAUCUUACCUGUCAGAAUCUGUAAUCCCAAUAGUUCCAACAAUAGAAAUUCUGUAUCAAUACUAUAUUGAUGUCUGUGGCAUUUCUCAAAAAGUAGGUUGUCAUAUCAUUCAUUAUUGGCCACUGCAAGGAGAUUUCUUAUGCCUUCUUCAGGGAAAAAAGCAUGAAUAGGGUAUAAAUCAAAGAUAACAUGAAACCCAGACAAGAAAAUGACAAAAUAGAACAUACCAAUUUGGCUUCCAUAGUUAUAUUCCAUUCAUUAAAGGUUUGACUUAUUAACUCCAAUUUUGGGAGAAAGCUAAAACACCAAACCUAAAGAGUGUUUAUGCCUUGGUAGAAUUCAUUACCUCAAAUUGUGCUGCUGUCACUUUUUUUUUUACAUCGAAAUUAAUGUUUUUGGAACACCGAAAUAAAAAUAAUUUUACAGAAAUCCGAUUGCACUGAAUGGAUUUAGAUGUUUUAGCAUCUCAGGCCUGAUACUUAGCAGUUUGGCAUUAAGAUGGAGAACAUUUUUUUGUAAAAUUAUGUUCCUUUGUAUUUGUUUGUUGGCUGUUUGGCUAAUAGGCUUCUCAAUAGUAAACAGUUGUGAAAAAAUACAGAAUAAGUGUAACGUUGCACAAACUUAGAUUUAAAAAAAAGCCAUAAAACAGGUCAUUGAUCAUUGCGAUCGAUAUUUAUUGUUGAAAAGAUACGGUCCAGCGUGUGAACAAAGCUUGUAUUAUUGGUUAAAGAAACUACAAAAUCAUCAGGGUAUGUUCACUCUUGAUAAGAUUUUAGAUGGUUAUGCUCUGCCCUAAUAGAUUUUCAUUUUUUUUUAAUGUUUGAAUCUCUUUCUCUGUUCAUUUCGUUGCAUUUUAACAUUUAUUUUUCUAUGUUAUUUAAAUAAAUCUUUAAUGGGAAUUCCCAAAUUCCAGUUAAUCAAAGAAUAAUCAGAGUUCUUUGUAUGGGAUGAAUGUAUUUUAUAGGUAUUGAAAGGAGCACAUUUAGAUAAAAUGCUCUUGUAUGAUCACAUACCGGUACAUCAUAUUAAAACCCCAUCAAAUUAGACUAAGAUUUCUUAUUCAACAAGUAUCAUCUGAAUCAAUAUUUCCGUUUUAGAAAGCCUUUCAGGCAACUCCUUGCCAAUAUUUGAGUUGUAUCUUAUUUCAUAUAAACCCUAAACUGACUGGUAAUUUAGAGUUAUCUAUUCAGUUUUUGUAAUUGAAUUAUGAAUAUCAAGGAUUUUUGCUCUCUCUGUAAUAAUGUAGCAAAUUGAUCAAGGGAUGUUCUUUCUUUCUUUCUUCCUUUUUUUCUUUCCCCCCUUUUUAUUUUAAUACAUAUCACUACUUUAUUCCUUUGUCCCCCUUUUCUAUUUCCUUUCUUUCUGUCUUUUUAUCUUUCAUUCGUCUCAUAUUUUUCAGUUUCUUCAUGAAAUCAUCAUGUCUGUAAUACCCGUUCAUGAUCAUAAAUGAUUACGGUAUAUAUUUUUAACAUGCUUUGAGAGUAGAUAGGAAAUAAAUUUGCUUUAUAUCAAAAUUUCAAAAGCAAAAUAAGUUCUUGGAAUAGUAGGCAUUAAAGGACAGCGCCGUGCAAGUUGUGUUGUAAAUUGCCUUCUGUUAUAAAGUAUAAUAUGGGAGAGUUGAUUAUUAUAUCUUCCCUUUAUACUAAGUCAGUGAAGGGAUAAUGAGUUGUAAAUGUGUAUAUAUACAUCAAUUAUGUAUAGAUAAUGUAGUGAAGAUUUUUCACAUUGAAAAAAAUUGAUAUGAAUCUUGUUCAGUAUAUCUUGUAAUACUGAUUUAUUGUACAGAUAAUGUUAGAAAAUUAAAUUGUACAUUCUUUAAAAAAAUGACAAACAAAGACAUGCAGAUUGUAAAUGGUUUGAAGAACAAAAUUACAAUGAAAAAAAACAUGCAUUAUUAUCCAAAGA